AUCACUCAAUUGAGACUUGAGUUUCAGUUGUAGCUUGAACGUGCACAAGUUUAUAUCAACUUGAGGCUGUCCUACUUUCACAUUUAUUUUUAUUUAUUUUAUUUAUAUAUAUAAAAAUACAUACAACUACAAUUAAAAGCUCUAUUUUAAAUAAAUAAAAUUAAAAAGAUCAUAUAGAAUUUGUGAUAAAAUGAUAGUACAAAUAUUAACAAUAGUGUGAUUUAUAUCCUGAAAAAAAAAUAUAUAUAUUUAGUGAUUAUAAAUGAAUUGAUGGGACAAUUUUAAUAUGGAUAUUGAAACAACUUCUUCUAUUGGAAAAUUAUUUAAUUUUUCAUUUGAGGAAGUAACACAAAGUGGAAGAGUUCUUUUAGAAAAAAAAAAAUUACUACACAAUGUUAAUGGAGAUUUUAGAGUUGGAGAACUCACUGCAAUUGCCGGUGCAUCUGGUUCUGGAAAAACAGUUCUUAUGGAUAUCCUAUCUGGCUUUGUAAAGUCUGAAAGUGGAAUUAUAUCAUUGGAUAAUAAACUUUGUGAUAGAAAAGUAUUUAGAAGAUUUUCAUCAUACGUAAUGCAAAAUGAUAAUUUAGAUAUUGAAUUAACAGUCAAUGAAUCAAUGAACUUUGCAGCUGAUUUAAAGCUUCAACUAUCAGCCGAAGAAAAAAACCAAAGAAUUAUUGAAAUAUUGGAUGCAAUGAAGCUAAAAGAAUGUCGAAAUACAAGAAUAAUUCAUAUAAGUGGUGGUCAAAAAAAAAGACUAAGUAUUGCCUUGGAACUUAUCAAUAAUCCAUCAAUAAUGUUUUUCGAUGAACCAACAACUGGUCUUGAUAUUGUAGCAGCAAAACAAUGUAUACGUUUGUUAAAAGCACUUGCCAAAGAAGGACCAAGAAUAGUUGUGAUAACAAUUCAUCAACCAAGUGCAACAAUAUUUGACAUGAUAGAUCAUCUUUAUUUUAUUAACAAUGGACAAUGUGUUUACACUGGUGGUACCAAAUUACUUGUACCUUUUCUUGAUAGUAUUGGAAUACAGUGUCCUUAUUAUCACAAUCCAGCUGAUUUUCUUUUAGAAUUAUGUAGUGGAAUAUAUGGCGAUUACAAUGAAAAACUUAUUGAUGCAAUUGAAAAUGGUAAAUGUAAUAAUUGGCGAUCAAAAAGUGAAAAUUCUGAUGAUUUAAUAUUCAAUGGUUUAUCACUUGAACUACCUCAAUUAUAUUCAUCAAAUGACAUGAAUAAAAAUCAAAAAAAACAAUAUGCAACAAGUUUUUUAAAACAAUUUUCUAUAUUGUUUCAUAAACGUUUGUUGACAUUACUGAGAAACCGGGCUUCAACAUUAUCGAGAUUGUUUGUUCAUCUUGUAGUUGCACUAUUAGUUGGUACUCUUUACUGGAACAUUGGAAAUAGUGCACAUAAUGCAAAAAAUAAUUUUAAUUUUUUAUUUUAUAAUAUUAUGUUUUUAAUGUACACGGCAUUCAAUACCAUGAUUAUAACAUAUCCUUUAUCAAUGCCAGUAAUAAAACGAGAAUAUUUCAACAGAUGGUACAAAUUAAGAUCAAUUUAUUUGGCAAAUAAAAUUGCUGAUUUACCAAUUCAAAUUGUCUCUGUUACAUUGUAUGUACUAAUUGUUUAUUUAAUGACUAGACAAAUACUUGAACUUAACAGAUUUGCAAUGUUGUAUCUUGCUCAUAUUGCAGUUAGUUUAGUUGCUCAAAUGAUUGGAAUAAUUGUUGGUACUGCACUAGACGUACAGUAUGGUGUUAUUUUUGGGUCACUUUUUAUAAUGCCUUUUGUUGUAUUUAGUGGAUUUUUUGUACAUCUCAAUGAUGCGCCAUCAUUUCUACAAUGGCUUUUUCAUGUGUCUUUUAUAAAACACGGUUUUGAAAGUGUUAUUAGCUCAAUUUAUGGAUUUAAUCGUGGAAAAUUGGAUUGUGAUGACUUGUAUUGUCGUUAUGCUGAACCGAAAGAAUUUCUUUCGAUAAUGAGCAUGAAUAAAGUUGAAUAUUAUCCUUCGUUAUUAUUUCUCAUUGGUUUAUAUAUUUUACUUGAUAUUAUUGCCUACAUAACUCUCAGACUGAGAGUUAAAAAAAAAUUUAAAAUAUCAUUUAUUUAAUUUUUCUAGUCAAAAGAAAAAAUUUCGAAAAAAAAUAGAAAAUUAGAAAAUUAUUUUUCUACUAAAUUUUAUAUAAUAUUUAAAAAUAAAAGACAAUGCAAUCAGUCUUUAAUAAAAAAAAAGCUAAGAUCUGAUAUAAAUUAUAUAAUUUUGUAUUCAAUAUAUAAUAUUGUAACAAUAUUAAUAAUAAAAAAUAUACUUUUGUAAUAUAUAAAAUAAAAAUUUAAAAGUUACCGCUUUAAGAAAA